UCGGGUCAAAUGAUCUCUUUCACCGAGAAACUAACAAAUUAAAAAUAUCAGCUGCUUAUAACAUACCCGGACAGAGAUAUUCGAAGUUUAAGCUAUUUUCCGUAUAUGUAAUAUGUCCUUGGUUUAAAAUUUUAGCAGAAUUUGUUUUUUUCGUGAUGGUUGGAUAGAGCGUAUCGAGUUUCAUAAGAAAAAGUGUGUUUCAAGAGUUUCAAAAACAAUUGUACGAAAAAAGUCCAAGAUACCAUUAUUUUCCAAUAUGAGGAGAAAUAGACCCAAAAUUUUGAUUUGCGUAAAAUUGUUUUUAAACUUUUGAAAGACACUUUUUCUUAUGCAACUCGAUGAGCUCUAUCCAGCCAUCACGAAAAAAUAAAUAAAUAAAUUCUGCUAAAAUUUUUAACCAAGAGUAUAUUACAUAUGCGGAAAACAGCUUAAAAUUCGAAUAUAUCUGUCCAGAUAUGCCAUAAGCAGCUCAUAUUUUAAAUUUGUUAGUUUCUCAGUGAAAGUGAUCAUUUGACCCGAGCAUGGUCAAUCUCUUUGCUCAACGGUGCAAACCCUUCAUUGUAAGCUUAGAUGUAGUAGAGAUAUUUCACGGUAGUAUUAAUGCAAUCAUAGUCCAGUUCACACUUCAUUUUAUAUGUUAAACUUUUGGAACAGUGAUGAAAGAUUUUUCUAAUGUUAUCACAGAAUGUGACGCUUGGAACUACGUGAUAGCAAGAAAUUUAACAAGUCUCACUACUUUUUCUGGAUAUCAACGAAAAAUUUUCUAAUUCUGAAGAGGUUUCGACUUUUCUGCAUCUUCACUAUUUCUGUCAUUCGCGGAUCCGCCAUAUCAAUUGAGUCACUUAAUCAAGUACAUCUGGGGAGUUUCUACUCAUAUUCCCAUCUUUUGUCUUUACAGCCGAAAAUACUUAGUCAACAACGAUGGAUACAUUUGUAAAUGCAUAUGAUGAAAAAAUUCGUCCACUGAUGGACAAAAUAGAUCAAGCUCGAGCCAUUUUAUCAUCGAGUAAUGAUGGCAUUAUUUUUCCCAAUGUGGUUGUAGUUGGUGAUCAGUCCAGUGGCAAAUCAACACUAUUAGAAGCAUUGUCCUUAGUUGAACUUCCAAAAGGUUCUGGUAUUGUUACAAGAUGCCCACUCGUUUUACGAUUACGUAAAGCCAAUCAACGACGAGUCUAUCAUUUACAUAAUGAUAAUCGAAAAGUUCUAUUGGAUGAAUCGAAAUUAAAUAUCUUACAUUAUAUCGAAGAAGAAACAAAAAAAUUAGCUGGUAGUCAUAAAAAUGUUGUUCACGAUUUAAUCGAAUUACAAGUCGAAGAUCCAAAUGUACGUGAUUUAACUGUGGUCGAUUUACCUGGCAUAGCUCGAAAUCCUAUUGCCGAUCAACCACAAGACAUUCAUAACCAAACAACCAAUUUGAUUCGUCAAUUUAUUCGUCAAGAAGGCAGUGUUAUUCUAUGUGUCUUUCCAGCAAAUGUCGAUAUCGCCACUGUUGAAUCAUUCACAUUAGCACGUGAAUUCGAUUCUAAAGGUAGUCGAACAAUCGGUGUUAUAACAAAAUCAGAUCUUGCUUCAGAUAAUACUGCAUUAGCUCAACAAUUACUGAUGGAAAAACCGGAUAUAUUUCAAUUAAAAUUAGGUUUUAUUGCUGUUCGUAAUCGAAGUACAGAUGAACGAAUUUCUCUCAAAGAUGCACGUAAACGUGAACAAGAAUUUUUUCGUGAACAUUCCAUUUCAACUCUUGUCGGAUCACAUUGUCUUGGUAUUGAUGCAUUAAUUAAUCGUUUAGCUGAUUUAUAUUCUGAUCGUGUGCGUGAAAUCUUUCCGAAAAUGAAAAAUGAUGUACAAAAAAAGUUGAAAGAAACUUGUGAACAAUUAGAAAAACUUCCACCAAGUUUAGAAACUGCUUCAGCACGAUUAACAAAAUACUAUGAAUUAGCUGAACUUUAUAUUGAAAAGAUUCUGAAACAACGUUUUACAAGUUCUAAUGAUGGUCGACAUCCUGUUAGUUUAGUCAAUCAUUUACAUAUGAAAUUGAAACAAUUUGAAAAUGUUAUUCUUGGUCAAAGUCGUGAAUUAUUUACAGAAAAAUAUCGUAUAAAAGUACGAGAUGCUAUGUCAGCAUGCUUUGGUGAGCAGCUACCAAAUUUUCUUCCACAUCCUGUUUUAAAACGUUUAGUAGGGGAAAAACUUGAUCAACUUUGGUCGGUAGCAAAUUUACUCAUCAACGAAUGUUUUCAGAAAACAAUGAAUAUUUUAUCGGAAAAUGAUCGUGAAGAAUGUCAUGAUGAUGUUUUACUAUUAAAAUUGUUGCCAAUUUUUCGUCAUAUUUCUAUUUCGUAUUUGAAUGAUAAGAAACAAACAGUAAAUAAUCAACUUGAAGAACUUAUUCGAUUAGAAAAACAUGAUCCGUAUACAUUGAAUAAUUAUUAUAUGGAGACAAUUAUUAAAUUUAACGAACAUUUAGCAGACAAACAAGCGGAAAAUGCAACAAAAAAGAAGAGUUCUUCGUCGACAACAAAUCAUGAUAUUCUUCACGAUCAUUUUCCGAUAAAAUAUUCAUUGUUUUCUGAAAANCAAAUAUCAUUAGUUUUAAAAGAAUUUCGUCUUAUACAUUAUCGAAGAAAAAGACGUGCCCGCUCCUCCUCUUUCGAUUGGUGA